AUGAGCUUCUUGAUUGCCCGUGUGUCUGCGCUCGCGCUUUUUGCAGCUUGCGUUCAAGGUUUGGACAUUCUUGGAGGUGCAUCCCAACACCGGCACAAGCACAAGCAUCACAAGCACCACCACAAGCAGCACAAAGCUGCAGCCGCUGUGAACUCCACGGCAAGUGCUCUGCCAGCAGCCAUCAGCCUGCCACCUGUUUCCCAACCCAGCCAACCAAGCACAGCCACAGUCACUCAGCAAGAGCCCCAACAUGCAGUGCCCAGCCAGUCCUUGGCCAUUUUCGACAGCGAGGCGCAGCAGGCUUUGCCCGCCAUCGUUGAAGACGUUCGCAAGGCGGCGGCUCACAAAGCACCAUUGGAUGAGCUCAAGAAAACCCACGACUCCGAAACGAAGCUGCUGGAAGACCAGGAGGCCCUGCUCAAGGCUGACCAGACUGGCUUGGACAAGAGCGUGCUGCAGCAGCAGGUGGAGUCCACGAAGGCGAUGCUUCAAAACUUGGAGAGCCAGAUCGCCUCCAAGCGCCAGGACGCUGUGAACAUCUUGGGAAAGGCACUCUCGGACGCCCGCACAGCCAUGUCGCAGGCUUCAAGCGAGGAGACUGCUCAGCAGGCUGCGGCCAGACUGGCUUUGGAGCAGGUGCAGGCUGCCCAGAAGCAGAAGGUGAAUGCAAAGAAGGUCAUCGAUGAAGCUCAGAAGGUCAUGGAUAUCUUCGGUGGCUCAUCAGCCCCUUCAGUCACUGCGGCUCCAGCAGCUCCGGCGCUGCCUCCGAUUCCUCAGAUUUCGCACACUGCAAGUGAGCCACAAGAGCUGAGCUAA